UAUCUUGUCGUGCCAGUUUGACGGAAAGGUCGAAACAUGUUGGUUGCUGAACGAAGGACAGAAACUGCAUGUCAAUGUUCCUGAUGAAUGUUGUUUUUGUAACUGACCAUUGGAACUUUUCUGACAGUCUGUGCGCUAGAAUCUGCAUGAGAGUUGGAAUCCCCUGAUAUCGGAGACCCUGCAAUUGUGUCCUUUUUUGAUGUCGUCAGAGAUCCAUACAUGGAUGGAUUGCUACUCCUCUUAUGGAUUUAGCGUCUCUUAUCGAUUCUGGAAAAAGUCCAUGUCUGGUGAUACAACCCCUGAAACCGUGUCCCAUGCUGGUGAUGCAUUAGAGCCAGACCCACUUGUAGGCAUCCUAUAGUUGAGGCUCUUGCUAAUAAUCUCAUAGACCUCUGCUAAAGCCUGCUUUGAGAGCUCCUACAGUUGCCAGCAACAGUGACCAUAAGCACACGUCUAGGAUCAGCUUUUCCUCCCCCAAUCAUAAUCUCAAUCAUUAAUGAAGGAAAAAUUCACAACUGACCUUAAAUCAGCUUCAAGAGACACUGUCAUCCUCCUACUCCUCCAGGACUCCUGCGUUGGUGUCUCUCAUUGAUGUCACAAUAUAGAAGACUCCCUGGCCUGACUUCAGAGCUCCCGCAGUCGCCAAUGGCUGCGUCUCCACUCCCAGAGCGCGAUUCUGCGCCCCUUCUGCAGCUGCAGGAAGUGGACCCCAGCCGGGUGGGCCGCGGUGGCCGCAUCCUCUCGCCCAUCUUCAGCGCCCCAUCCCCGCCGCUGCCCAUGGAGGCCCACCCCAUCUGCAUCCCCUCCCCGUACACUGACAUCGGGCACGACUUCAACCCCUUGUCCUUCUACAGCCCCACUCUGCUGAGCUACGGUGGGCCCGCCCUCCCUGACUGCCCGUCCGCUCGCCAGUCCCUCAGUCCCUCCUUCUUCUGGCCCCCCCAUGCUCACGUGGGGCCUUCAUUGGCUCUGCACCAUCGGCCCCAGUCCCGCCCCCAGCAAGGCCAGCCAACCCGAGUGCCCUGGGUGGAGCUGUCGCCCCGGGACCACGCCCUAUCUGAGAGCAGCAAGCCUCUGAGGAAGCGCUCGCAGGAGGGCGAGGAGACGGUCAUCUCGCCGGAAGGGAAGGCUGAACUGCACUUCUGUGCCGUGUGUCACGACUACGCAUCGGGCUACCACUACGGCGUGUGGUCCUGCGAGGGCUGCAAGGCUUUCUUCAAGAGGAGCAUCCAAGGUCACAAUGACUACAUCUGCCCGGCGACCAACCAGUGCACUAUCGAUAAGAACCGCCGCAAGAGCUGCCAGGCGUGCCGCCUCCGCAAGUGCUACGAAGUGGGCAUGACAAAGUGUGGCAUGCGUCGCGACCGCAGCAGCUACCGGGGUCAUCAACCGAGGCGCGUGGGUCGCUUCUCCCGGGGCGCGGCUAGUGGGCCCAAGCGGGCCCUAGCUGAGAGGGGCGAGCCAAUCAAGGAACUCCUCCCCCCAGCAUUAACCCCGGAGCAGCUGAUUGGCCGGAUAAUGGAGGCGGAGCCACCGGAGAUCUACCUCCAGAGGGACAUGAGGAGGCCCCUGACGGAGGCCAACGUCAUGAUGUCACUCACCAACCUGGCCGACAAGGAGCUGGUCCACAUGAUCAGCUGGGCCAAGAAGAUCCCAGGGUUUGUGGACCUGAGCCUGUUCGACCAGGUGCACCUGUUGGAGUGCUGCUGGUUGGAGGUGCUGAUGCUGGGGCUCAUGUGGAGAUCAGUGGACCACCCCGGUAGGCUCAUCUUUUCCCCUGACCUCAGCCUGAGCAGGGACGAGGGGAGCUGUGUGCAGGGUUUCGUGGAUAUCUUUGACAUGCUUCUAGCUGCCACCUCCAGGUUCAGAGAGCUCAAGCUGCAGAGGGAGGAGUAUGUCUGCCUCAAGGCCAUGAUCCUCCUCAACUCUAACAUGUGCCUGAGCUCCUCGGAGGGGAGCGAAGAGCUGCAGAGUCGCUCGAAGCUCCUGCGCUUGCUGGAUGCCGUAACAGACGCACUGGUGUGGGCCAUCGCAAAGACGGGCCUCAGCUUUCAGCAGCAGUCUGCGCGCCUCGCCCACCUGCUGAUGCUGCUGUCACACAUCCGCCACGUCAGUAACAAGGGCAUGGACCACCUGCACUGCAUGAAGAUGAAGAACAUUGUGCCCCUGUACGACCUGCUCCUGGAGAUGCUGGACGCCCACAUCAUGCACAGCCCUCAGCUGCCCCAACAAGCCAUCAGGGGGCCACUGUCCAGAGGUGAGCCCCCUGCAGCCCACCACCCCAGCAGCUGCCCCACCCAGACAUGGACCCCCAGCAGCGGAGGCGAGCCCCAAGAACAGGAGCCAUUGGACUGCAGGGACCCCGGUAGAAAGACAGUGGUGAUAAGGGAUCUCUAGCACACAUGGAGGAGCAAAAAGGACAAUGGAGAGUAUGAUGUGAAGCGGAACUCUGUGACUGGGACACUUCUUGGAAAAGCUUUUAAAACCACUCUGAAAUAGAGGAACUGGGAACGAGUAUAAGGGUGUUUCAGAUGGUGCCUGGAAGGGGCUGCAUCCCAAUGCUUUCAAAUGACAUAUUCUCCUUUCAGGCAUUAGCACUGUUCUGAUUGGUUUCUUGGAGGUCGCAAACGUAAACAAUGUAACUAUUUAAAUGUCCCUGCAAAAGCUGUCUUUUGGUUUAUGAUCAGGUUUGAAUGUAGCCUGGCUGAUGCGACUCACGUGACCACACAGCGAGGAAAAGUUGUGACUCACUGGUCUGGAAAGGAGGCAGUUAAUGCAAUAGUCGCUCAGAAUUUGAGCGGACUCAUCGAUUCGUUUUAUGAAAUGUCACCCCCCCUCCCAGGGGGGUUGAGACAUCUCGUUGUUUGGAUUUGAAAAUCCAACAGUGGUAAUGGAAGGGGGUGGCACUCGUGGGCUGUGGGUGUUUGAGUGAGAAAGACACGGAGGAGAACCAACCAGUAAAAGCACAGCCCCCUUCAAGUUUGGUAUCAGCCAGACUAGUUUGAAAGUAGAAUCUAAGGGAAAGUCUGAAUUUAAACAUCAGUGGAUGAGUGGCAAUGGAGGAAAAGAGAUGAGGAGAGGAAGGCAGUUAGGAGUAGCCUACUGGGACACAGAAAAGCCCAAGACUUUGCUAAGUGCUUGGUUGUUAUGUGAAAAGGCACUUUCAACAGUCAUCAUGGACUCUCACCUCUUAUUUUGUCUGUACUGUCUGAGGGCGGCAGGUAGCCUAGCGGUUAGAUCGUUGGGCCAAUAACCUGAUUACCUGAGCCGACAAGGUGCAAAAUCGGCCGAUGUGCUCUUGAGCAAGGCACUUAAACCUAAUUUGUUCCAGGGGCGCCAUACUACUAUGGCUGACCCUGUAACACAACCUAUUUCGCCACACCUAUCUGGUGUGAGAAGUGUUUUUUUUUUUUUACUGUAUAAAUAAAAGAUCAAUAUACAUUAUCUCACAAAAGUGAGUA